GUGAUUUUAAAGAAAGAGAAGAAAGAGGGAGUUAUAACCAGUUGUGAGAAUGUAUGACUUUUUCCCACAAGAGAGAGUCAAAAAUUUUACUCUGAACCAAGCAAAUGUUUUGUCUUAUUUAAUUGUUAAUUGGAUUAAUUCUGAUCCAUCUUAUUGUUAAUUUAUAAUCAACAUGUUAUAUUUUACUUAGUGCAAUAGUGAUGAUGGUGACUAAGAAAGUAUUGGUGCUAAUAUCACCAGAGGCUAUAACAUUGUUUACUUUUUUCUUUUAGCUUAACAAUGAGGAACCCAAGAUUAUCUUCUUGCCUGUUGUCCCAAUCUUAUUUAUCGUUUCGUUAAUUGACUUACUCUUUAUGGAUAAUCGUUAUUAUUAACAAGCAACCAAUGUGAUCAGCAAUAAACUUAGCUCCCAUCUUUGUCAAAUGGCGAACAAACUGAUGGAAAAGCUCUGCAAUUGAAAUUUUUCUUCACUCCAUAUACUCAUCCACUCGCUACUUACAUUGUGUUUUCAUUGCCAUUUAAAAUAAUUCAAGUCCAUCCAUUACUCUUUGUGUCAAUUUGUUCCAACUCUUUGCUCAUUCAACACAUUUUAUAUUUAAUUCAUUGUUAAAUCAGUUCUAACAGUAAUGAGUACACAAGUAAAUGGAAAUGGUAUCGAUAAUGUUAUUGAAUUAACAUCAUCUACUCCUUCAUCACCUUCAAAAAAUAAAACAGAUCUAGUUACUGAUCCCGAUGUCCCUCAGUCACCUCAACAGGUUAUCAAUAAAACCAGUGAAAAUGGCUCUUCCUCAAGUGGUCCAGGAACAUCUGCAUAUUCAACCCCUCGUUCAUCAUCUGAAAAGUUAGAUGUGUCAGAGGAAACUCUUCGAUUUCAGGAACAACUGGUUACUCAAUGCAAAACUAGGAUGAAGGAUAAAUUUGAUUCUCUUGAAAAAGAGACUGGAGUCAAGUUAAGGCGUUAUUGGCCUGAGACUGGGAACGACUCAGAUUUAGACCAUGGUACUGAUGAUGAUGACGAUGACUCAACUGAAAACGGAUUGCAUUGUGUGGACAGAAAGGGCAAAUCUCAAUCGGAUGCUUCACCAGUCUCAGCCAUUGAAGCGAUCUCUGCAACUGCAAAUGCUGAUAAGCUACCUGUUUCUGAAAAUUCAGGAAUUCCCCCAUUAAUUGAGAAUAAAACUAAUGAAUCGAAUCCCAAUGAGAUGAUCCAGCUUCUUAGUAAACAAUUGGAAAAAGUGCAACAUGAAUUGACAGCAAAAGACGAUGAAAUAACAAAGUUGUCUCGCAUUCGAAGUCAAGUUGAAUAUGAAUUGGAGGAUUUAACCGCCAGUCUAUUCGAAGAAGCCAAUAAAAUGGUUCGAGCAGCUAAUGUUAAGAAAGCCAAAUUUGAACGGGACUACAAAGAAGCAAUGAUGAAAAUGCAUGUUCUUCAAGCUGAAGUGGAUGCUCUUAAAGUUCUAGUUAUUACUUCAACACCCGCUACUCCCAAUAAACAUCUUCACCCUCAUAUUGAGGGGAGUAAAAAUAACCUUAAAGGUGAAUUUGAAUAUUGGCGUGCAAAACUCAGUCCAUUUACCCAUUUACCACGUAUAAUUACCAAAUCUGACUCAAAUCAAACUACACCAAAAAAAUCUCCUAGCAACUAUGAAUUGGGAGGAAAUCCUGGACUUAAUUAUGAAUCUAAUGGAGUUACUUGCGAUCUUGAGGUCGUAACACCAGGUUCAUCAUCUUUAGGGGAAGUUGACCCUGUUUUCCAUCAACAAUUUGCUGAAUGGCGAAAAAAUCCGUGUAUUGAUAAGUCAAGCUCAUUCAUUAAUAGUAUUUACGAGCAAGAAGUUUAUCCAGUCUUUAAUUUUAAAAACAAAUCACUAACUGAAUCCGUGCUAUCCGCCAUCGAAGAUAACUCAAUCGCAAUAGAAUCAGUUUCUGAUAAGUCAGCAUUUCCCAAGAAGUGUGCUCUCUUGGAUAUACCAAGAACUUGUAAAUAUCGUAUGAAGUUAGGACAAGAUUGGUACAACAUUUCUCUUCUUUGUCGUAAUCGGAUAGCCGCUGUCUGUGAUCUCUUCUGCUAUUUACGCUACAUUCAACAAGGAUUAGUUAAGAGCAGCUUUCAUGAUGUAUACUGGGAAAUAAUGCAACGACGGAAAAACAUCGCUCUGUCUCGCUUAGGACUGCCAACAUGUUAAGAGAUGCAUACAAAGUAUGGCUCUUGAUACAAGAACUUUUACUAUCUCCAAAAGAGCUUAAAUUGAUAACAAAUGGAACAAUAAUAAUGGAACAGCUUCGCUAAGAUCCCAUAAAAUUAGAUGAUCUUCUUUGGCAGUGAUCAGAAUAUUAGACCUCAAAGGAACCAUUCCACUACAAAACGAACGUUGCUAAAAGAAAAGAAAUAAUAAAUAUUGUAUUAACAUGUAUUAA